AUGCCUCUCUCAAGCCAUCCCACCUCCCUCCUUCAAUGCGAUUCCCUGGAACAGUCGAUGGCGCUACGCAGCUUGCCCAACAAAGCCCAGGAUCAGACUCUAUUUGUCGAACAGCGGCCGUCGAGCCACCUCGAACGACUUCGGUGCCCCGCCCGCCCCAGGGGAAGCUCGUCAUGCGUAACGACCUCUUCCCUCUGCAAAGACAGGGAAAGGGUCCCUGGACGCCCCUCGACACCUCGCCAAUCUAUGCGCGAAAGAGCAUGCGACGAUGAACAUGGCCCGUCAAUUGAAUUCGAAGAGGAGACCUUUCAUAACGAGAAGCCUGUGCCCGCCCCUGUCCCUGUGGACUAUCCACUCAAAAUGGACAGAAAAACUCGGGAGGAUUACACUUAUGCACGGAAUCUUCACAGCCUAACGACGAUGUUUUCACGCCCUAAAAUCGGAAGAACUGACCAUAAUGUUGCAGCUGGCACCCAGGGACAACUUCCACUUUUGGCGCACCUACCGUCCCCUGUCCCGCCAAACACGCCUCCCCCCAGAACCCUUCCUGUCCCACCACUUACUCAUCCAGCGCCAUCUCACUCCUCGUCACAAUCUCUCCAAAAUGCCGCAGAGCGCUCUCAAGCAUUUGCCCAAGCUCGGGGAGAGAAUAUUGCACGAACGAAUGAGGUAGCAUUCCAACUCGGUGCGACGAUCCUUCAAAGCUUCGAGCUCGUACAAACGCUCAUCGAACUUCAAAACAACCAAAAGUCUCUCGAUGAAGGGAUAAGCGAGAAUACCACGGUGCUCGAAGAGCAUUUCCGAAACUACCCCGAAGCUGAACGGCUCAGUUCAAUGCUCGACGCUUUUCUCCAUCAUCAGACACUUGGGGCCAUCGUAAACCCGCGUGCUCCUUCCCAGACCCAGUCCAACCAAGCCACCGUUCCUCUUUCGUCGCGCCUCUCUGUUUGCCAAGUCCGACGGUUGGGUUUCGCAUACAGCACAAAUCCCGCCGCAGUCGCCAAGCACGUUCAAGAAAUGUGGCCAUACACUUGA